GGAGGCGGCAGCGCAAACAAGCUGAUCUCAGGCCUCUCUCCGCGUCCUGCCCCCGGGGGCCUCGGCGAUUGGCUCCAGAAAAGGAGCGAGUGGAGAAGUCUCGGCCGGGCCGCCGCAGUAGCCGCAUCAGGUGAGUGCGGGAGCCGCAGCGACCGAGACGUCGCGGCUGGCGCAGAAGGAGCGCAGCCAAACUCUCGGCGUGCCCGGAGCGUCCCGGGGAGGCAGGGGCGACCAGGCAUUUACCAAGGAGACGCCGGAGCGGAGGGGCGGCGGCGAGGAGCAGCAGCCCUGGAGUCCCCCUCCAGAGUCGCGUCGGGCCUGGGCGUGCAGGCGACGCCCCCCGGGGUCCAGUCACCGCUGCGGAGCCGGCUGAACGCUGACUCGCAGCCAGACCAGGGCGGGAGAGAAAGAGGAGCAGCGAGCCAGGCGGGCGUGAUGAGCGGCGAGGGCACCUACAACUUCAGGCGGGUGGCGAUCCGGCGGAAGUCCAACCCCUCCUACCUGCCGCCCGGGACGCCCCGGCCCUGGAGCAAGCCCUCGGCUGUCCUGGCGCGGGUCGAGGCGCCCGCCUCCAGGGGCCAGGCGCACGCGGAAGCCACAGGCAGCAGCAACUGUCCAAAGAUAAUUAUAAUUCCACCUUGUGUGACAAGCAGCACAACCACACUGGUUGAUCGUAAUGUAUCUGAAGAAGAGGCUCAGGGAAUAAAUGGAAAAACGCCAGCGCAACACUCAGCUGCAAGUCCAAAGCCACAAGUGCCUCCAAAGCCAUUACAUCUGCAGAAUUCACCUUCGUCCAAUAUACACCAAACCCCCAGGCAUAAAGCUUUAUCUAGUGCAAAACCAAGGAUGGAGGAAGUUAAACCUGCCUCUGCUUCUUGUGUCUCAAAAGAAAAACCCAGUAAGGUAUCAGAUCUCAUCAGUCGCUUUGAAGGAGGCAGCUCAUUAUCAAAUUAUAGUGAUUUGAAGAAAGAACCUGCUGUGAGCUUCAAUGUGCCUAGAACCCCAGGAAGGCAUGGAUUGACAACUACACCUCAGCAAAAGCUCCUCUCCCCGCACCUGCCACGGAAGCAGGGAAAUGAUACAGAUCAAACUCAGGGUGUACAGACUUUUGUGGCCAAUGGUGUAAUGGCAGCACAGAACCAGAUGGAAUGUGAGGAAGAUAAAGUGGCCACUCUUAGCCCAGAUACUCCCGUUCAAGCUUCUGAACUCUUGCUUGAUGCUAACUUGGUGAAUGGGAAAAAAGAUGAAGCUACUGUAGACCCUGCUUCACCUACUACAAAUAGCUGUGAUGGGAAUGCUUCUGACAGCGACUGCAGGACUCCACCUAUAGACCUGCUCAUGCUGGAAGAAGGAAGGGAAGAAACAGAAGCCAAGGUGGUACAAGAGAGGGAAAACGGAGAAAGCCCUCUGGAACUGGAACAGCUGGAUCAGCACCAAGAGAUGAAGGAGACUAAUGAACAAAAACUUCACAAAAUAGCCAACGAACUUUUGCUUACAGAAAGAGCGUACGUCAGCCGACUUGACCUUUUGUAUCAGGUGUUUUAUUGCAGACUAUUGGAAGAAGCAAACCGAGGCUCAUUCCCAGCAGAGAUGGUGAAUAAAAUCUUUUCUAAUAUUUCAUCAAUAAAUGCCUUCCAUAGUAAAUUCCUAUUGCCGGAGUUGGAGAAACGAAUGCAAGAAUGGGAAACUACCCCUAGAAUUGGUGACAUUCUUCAGAAAUUGGCACCUUUCCUUAAGAUGUAUGGAGAGUAUGUGAAGGGAUUUGAUAAUGCAAUGGAAUUGGUUAAAAACAUGACAGAGCGUAUCCCCCAGUUCAAAUCAGUGGUUGAAGAAAUUCAGAAGCAGAAGAUCUGUGGGAAUUUGACUUUGCAGCAUCACAUGCUAGAGCCUGUGCAGCGGAUACCCCGGUAUGAGAUGCUCCUUAAGGACUAUCUAAGGAAACUGCCCCCUGAUUCCCCGGAGUGGAAUGAUGCUAAAAAAUCACUUGAAAUUAUUUCUACGGCAGCAAGCCAUUCUAAUAGUGCAAUAAGAAAAAUGGAGAACCUAAAGAAACUCCUAGAGAUAUAUGAAAUGUUGGGAGAAGAAGAAGACAUUGUAAACCCUUCAAAUGAACUAAUAAAAGAAGGACAGAUCCUCAAACUAGCUGCUCGGAACACAUCAGCACAAGAACGUUAUCUUUUCUUAUUCAACAACAUGUUGCUGUACUGUGUGCCCAGAUUCAGCCUGGUGGGCUCUAAGUACACAGUUCGAACUAGGGUUGGCAUUGACGGAAUGAAAAUUGUAGAGACUCACAAUGAAGAAUACCCACACACUUUCCAGAUAUCUGGGAAAGAGAGAACCCUGGAACUGCAGGCCAGUUCUGAGCAGGACAAAGAAGAAUGGAUCAAGGUCCUUCAAGAGACUAUUGAUGCUUUCCAUCAAAGGCAAUGAACCUUCAGAAAUGCAAUUGCAAAGGAUAAUGACAUUCAUUUAGAGGUUUCUACAGCUGAGCUAGGGAAAAGAGCCCCAAGAUGGAUCCGAGAUAAUGAAGUAACGAUGUGUAUGAAAUGCAAAGAGCCUUUCAAUGCACUGACCAGGAGAAGACAUCAUUGUCGAGCAUGUGGACAUGUGGUUUGUUGGAAGUGUUCUGAUUAUAAAGCUCAACUCGAGUACGAUGGUGGUAAAUUGAGCAAAGUUUGUAAAGACUGUUACCAGAUAAUAAGUGGAUUCACAGACAGUGAAGAAAAGAAAAGGAAAGGAAUUUUAGAGACUGAAUCAGCAGAGGUAUCUGGAAACAGUGUGGUGUGCAGCUUUCUUCAGUAUAUGGAGAAGUCAAAACCUUGGCAGAAAGCUUGGUGUGUGAUCCCCAAGCAAGACCCUCUUGUGCUGUACAUGUAUGGUGCUCCACAGGAUGUCAGAGCCCAGGCCACCAUUCCACUUCUCGGCUAUUUGGUAGAUGAGAUGCCAAGGAGUGCUGACCUGCCACACAGUUUCAAACUGACCCAGUCCAAGUCUGUGCACAGCUUUGCUGCAGACAGUGAGGAACUGAAACAGAAGUGGCUGAAAAUCAUCCUGUUAGCUGUCACAGGUGAGACUCCAGAUGUUCCACAUGAGCAUCCAGCCCCCUUGGAGGAUCAUCCUGAACUUAAGAAAAAAUCAGAAUGCUGAACUCCAGGAUCAACCACUAUGUAGGGUCUUAAAAUUUACAGCUCAAGACAUUCCCAGCUCUCCUUAUUCAUUUCUUAGCACUUUAUAUUUAAAAAUAUAGGCUCAUAAGUACAUCUUUUGGAGACUAUUUUUCCUAUAUUUAUGUACUUUUAGUGCAACUGAUGUGCAGGGCCAUUCCACCGAUAAAGUUAUAAGAUAAUGUGAAAUAUGGAGCAUUUUAUGAGCUAUUCCUUGAAUAUGUAGUUUCAUCUUGAAGAAAAUGGUAUCAAUUGACUCCAUCACUAUCAGGUUAGAAUGGGCCACUUUCAUUUAAGGAAAAAAUAGAUUCUUUAAUAUCUUUUCGUUGCGUGUAGGACUUGUGACUGAAUGAUAUACCUCCAUGUUGCCAAAAUAGAUCCAUGGUUAAAAAAAAAAAAAUACAGUGACAGCUUAGGUUACUGUAUUAGCUUAUUUAAUUUAGUUUAUCAAACCCAAGCUGUGUAAAUAAUGUAUGUACUUUCAAAACAAAACAAAAAAAGACAAAUUGUGUUCAGGCUUUCAACUUCAGAUAAUACUUGUUUUGUAGAAAUACUCAUAAGAAUAAAAUACCUUAAGUGUAGCAAAUUUAUAUGUAUAUAGUAUUAAAUAUAAAUUAUAUAUUAUACAUGCUUUUCUCAUCAGCUUUAGUUCAUAUGUCUCUAAUUUAUUUUUUACAUAUAAAGCAUGUUUUUUCUUGAACAUGAGCAGUGUUCUAAACUUCAGAAAUGUUUUUGGUGACUAAAGUAUAACUGAUUGACAUCUAAGGGUAUUGAUAUUUUUAUAAUAUUAAGAAAAAGCAGUAAUUUCUGUGGCAUGGGAUUAUAUUAGUGAAUUCCAACAGUAUUUUUAAAGUACUAUUUUUUUUUUUUUGUUUUGUGCCUAUUUAAAAACAGUGCCUCUCUUUGAAGGUGCUAAUAAUAUAUAAUUAAAUAUAUGAUGGUGAUUCAGUAAAUAAUGCUUCAGUCUUGAUUAUUCUGAAACAGUGCAUUUUGUUCACUGCAACUGUCAUGUUCACAAAGGUUAAUUUACUUUUUACAACCCUAUAAUUGUUGUGGCAGUUAAUAUCAGCAUGCACAAAAAUUUUCACCAAGAUCUAAAUGGUAUAGGACACCUGACCUUAACAAACACUGAACUGGUACAUAUGAAAUCUACUUAUAUUGUAAUGUUUUUCUAUUCCAUAAGACUGUCAAGCAUGGUUAAAUGAGGACUAUAUAUAAUGAACACUUAAGAUAACUAUGUGGCCUAUUCUUUUAUAAGAUAUGAAACAGAACUCAUGUGUGAUAGUCUGUGUUUUGGGGGGGAGGGGCGAUAGUAAAGGAAGUUUAUGCUUAAAUCUAUAAACCACUUUACCAAGAGAAGAGAGGGAAAACAUACACAAUAUUCAGAAAUAUUUUGAUGUCGGGAGGUACAAGAUGACUGAAGAGGAUCUGAGAAAUUUUUCCCUUUAUCUCUGGGGAAUUUUAAUAGACAAAAUAUUCCUUUUCUGCAUGGCUGCUCUUCUUUAUAUUGUACUUGUGAUUAAAAUCUCACAUUAAGUUGACUGCUUAACAUACUCUUUUUCUCAAAUUUUUUCCUUCAGCCUGUCAUGCCACAGACAUUAUCACUUUUUAAUGCAUCAGUCUACUAGAAACCCACAAGAAUGACCCCACUGUCCUUGACCUUUGAGAAUUAUACCUUAAAGGUAGAAUAGUUUUACUCAGCAUUUGAGACUGCCACACAUUUAUUCGGGCACUGUUGCUUUAAGAAAUAUUGUCAAUAUUGCCUAUUUUUUUUUUCCACAUAAAAGGAGCAAGUGAACCAAUUAUGACUGACAUGGUUAGGUUCCCUUCCUCCCUAAAAGGAAUACCAGCCAUUAUCAUUAACAUUAAACCAAAUACUCGGAACCAAAAAGAGAUAAAGAUAGCUUCUUAGGCCCUAUUAAAUCAGGGACAGACUAAAAAGGAAUUUUACAUUGCUUCUCUUUUCUAGGUACCAAUAUUGGGUGUGUGUGUGUGUACAAGUGUGUUGGGAGUGGUAAUCAAGAAGGUUAAAUUAUAGCUAUAGUACUAGGGCUUUCUUAAUCUCAAGAAAAGAAAAGCAAUAAAAAUGUGGAAUGAUUAUCAGGGGAAGAUUUUUGUUGUUGUUGCAAAUGUGAAUAGACUAGUGGAAAUGUAAAAGCCAAUUAGAAGAAUUCGGGGAAGAUUAUUUUUGAAAAAUAUUAUGAACAGCAAAGAAGAUAACACUUUCCUUACCAGUAAGUUCUUCUCCUAGAAGUGACAUGGACACACUCAAAUUUGGCUCAAUAAAUAUUGAAAGCAUACUUAUGUAAAGAGCUCAUCAUACUCUAACAUUUAUUAGUUUUUUUUUUAUUUUAGAAACAUCACUGCUAGAAGAGAAUUUUAGUUAUCGUUCGCUUUCUAUCCCACAGUCUUCAACCAAGCACAAAGAGAAGCAGUGAAGUAGCCUUCUCUGUAUCUCUCUCACUAAAGAAUCACUCAUACUUUUACUGGGAGAAAGGCAAAGGAAUCGUCUUAGUCAUUUAUUAACACUUACCCCAGCGACCUCAAAGUGUGAUUGGUUACAGGAAUAAUCUGUCUUUUGCUUUGAGACACCUGAGUAGUCAUGACAAAUUGAAUAUUUAAAAAAAAAAAAAGUUCCUUUCCUAUUAAAAUCAAGUUUUCAAAGGGGUUUUAAUUAUUUUUUUUUCUAAUUUGGUGCUUUCCAAGUCAUCUUUAAUGGUGCCCUUCCUCCAAACUUCAAAACAUUGAUUUGCUAUUUGUUACAAAAUGUUGCAAUUUUUUAACCUGAAAUUUUACUUUUGUUGAAAGUCUACCACUUGGGGUGUUAAGUAUGAAAGUAAUAAAGUACAGACUUUAUCUCCAGGUUUUAAGUGGGGCUUAAUAAUGAAACAUGUCACCAGCCACUUUCAUAACAAUGGUAUCUCCAAUGCCGUCAUGUAUGCAAGCAAUAAAACUCUUCAGGGUAUACUUUUUAUAGUGAAAAUUUAAUAUAAAGGCCCCUACCCAAAAAAGAAUAUAAAGAAUUAACUUCCUAGAAGUAAUACUAUAAUUCAAAUUGCUGAGUAUAGGGAAAGUGGGAGGACGGACAUUAUUCCUCAGAUUCAAACAACAAUCAAAAGCGUUUUUAUUUUUGCAAGAGGAAUGAAUGGUGAAACAAAGCACAUCUGCACUACUAUAUGAAACUAUAUUUCAUUCUCCAUGAAGGUGAAUUCAACAUAAAGGUUCACUGGGUGACCUAUUCCAAUUGUUUAAAAAUAUCUCAAUCUGAAAAAAAAUUACUGAACUUGAACAAGAACUAAUCCUUUAACUGUACAUUCUUCUUAUAAGUGAUACACAUUUGGAUUUUUAAAAAGAACACUGUACUAGUCAUAAAUGUAUAAAGAAAACUACAAACUUCAUGGUACUGUAGGAUUGUUCAAGAAUCACCGAUGCCUUCUAAAAACCUUUUCAAAAAUAUGUUGCAAGUUCACAAUUCUGUUUCACUUUUUCUUAUCUCUACACUGUGGAAACAGGGUGUUUUUUUCCCUUCAAACUUUAAAUCUCAUUUUUUCUUAUAUUCAAAGCCUUAAGUUCUUAUUCUGAGCAUAUUAUCUGUGGUAACUCUCUAAUGAUGACCUUUCUGAACUGGAGAGAUCUUGGGAAACUUCUAGGGAACAAAGUUCUUAUUUUUAUGCAGUCAUCCUUGCCAUGAUGAAUUCAAGAUUAAUUAAAAUUUCUUACAUCACCUAAUGUUCAUGUCAUGUUAGCAGGUCUAAGAUUAAGCACAUGGUAUUUAACAAUUAAAAUUAUUUUGAAAGGCAAGAAUGUCUUAAUGUUUUCAUUAUUAAAUUCUGCAUUUUUCAGGAAUGUAUUAAUAAAGGAAGGCCAGUGUAGUUAAACAGUUCCUAUUUUUGGGACUGUAUUGACAUCUCUAACUCAUGGUUAUCCUAUUUUAAUAGACUCAAACUGCUUUUUAUUUUCAUACUACUAACUACUAUAGAUUCUCCAGACUUAGAAAAUAUGAGUGUGAUGUCUAUGGACCACUAGGGUAGAUCUGCUUUAAAAACCUUUCCUGUGAAUUUACAUAUGUAUGUAUAUAUGUAAAAAGUUAAUUUUCACAGAAAUGAAUUUUUAUAGAAACUUCUCUUUUUAACUAAAUUUAACAAAGUAUUGACAUGGAUUUUUAUGUAUUAUUCAUCUUUAUACGUGCCCCUUAAUCAUAAAGUCAUGAGAAGAUAAUCUGCCUUCUUUACAGAUAUGGUAGAGAGGAAUAAGGUUACAAACUGAAACAAGCAAGAAUCAACAGAGAGGUAGACAGAAGGAGAUUGCUGGUCUCCAGAUCAGAGCAAUGUAUGUUAAUAAAAAGAUAUUUAAACUGCAGAAGGGAUUUAAAACUAUAUAAUAUAAAUCCAUGUAACUGCAUGCUGAUGGGAUCCACUGUGCCCAGGCCUUUGACCUUGGCCUCUAAUUUAUACCCUGGUUGUCUUGUUAUACUUUUUAUUUUUCUGCCUUUGGACUUUAAAAAAAUAAUUUCAUUCUCUUGGGCCAUUUCCUGUGCUGUUUCCUGAGGGGGUAAACUCUCUCUAAAGUCAAUCAUGUUUUUCUCAUUUCUGAACUGAGCAUUUGGCAGAAUGUGGUGUCUUUUCUGUUUUGAGAUUAAAUAGCACAUGACUCCUAUGAGACAAGUGUUCACUCUUUGUUGGUCACUGAAAGUUACAUGAUAGUAAUUUAUUGUGGUAGAUUUAGUGAUUAAUUGAGAAAUCUCAUUAUAGCAUAUUUUAAUAAGUGAAUACCAAAUACAUAGACUGCAUAGGGUUUGGGAAGAAACAAUAGUCUGUUGGAACCAUUAUCAUAAUAGAAUUGUAUUAUGUAUUACACAGUAUAUGGAUAUUGGAAUGUAUCACUUGGGGGCAUCCCUCUUCAUUAGCAAAACAAUCAUGUCUGUAUAUAAAACUUCUACCAAUUAGCAUUUUUGUGAGUGACAGUGGACUGAUAUUUUUGAAUAGGUGUCAUCUGGAUUUUUCUUUUGAAUUGUUGACUGAUCAGUUUGAAUAGGUAUGUUAUCUGAAUUUUACAGUUGACCCAAAUGUGAAGUUAUACAUGUAAAGUAAUUCUUUUCUAGCUGUAUGAAUGUAAAAUACUUGCAGAUAGUGUAUAUAUUGUGUAACAUAUGUAUAUUUGGUCAUAAAGCAAAGAAUUGGAAACAUUGUAAUAUUAAGCACUUUAAUUCCAAUUAAAUAUUAAACAUUUGUAUUUUGUAAAUAAACACAUCCUUAAAUCAA